CGCGCGCAUUAUUCGCGCACUUGGAAAGUGCAGUUUUCCGCAAAUCAAAACUACGCAAGCUUUCAGAUACGCAUCGUUUCUCACGCUACGAGCUUUUUGUAAACAUAUAUUGAAUAGUGCUUUCCAAUACGUUGUUUAUUACAAUAGAUAUUUGAUAAUGGAUUGCAAAACUGUGUUGUUACUUUGUAUAUUCGGCGUUCUGGCUUUGGUCGUAACAGAAACGUAUGGACGCAGCAAGAAAGUUGUAAUUCACGUGCCAUACAAAGUGAGGAAGGUGAAGCACACGCACACGGUUUACAAGACGGUGCAUCACCACCACACCCACCACGAUCCUCACCUGGACCACAGCUCGGCGCCGACGGAAGAGCAUGAGCACUUCCACCACAUGCAUAUUCACAACGAGCCGCCUUCAGGCCAGCAUAGCCAGCCGGUUCCCGACAUAGGCAUACCAGAGUUUCUCCCUGAUGCUUUGAAUGCGCCACUUGAAAUUCCGGAUAUACCUCGAGCAUUCCCUAAGUUACCUUCGAGGCUAGCUCUGCCCUUAUAUAGACGGAACUAGGAAUUAUUGCGAGAAAAUCAUUUACCCGAAAAAUUAACACUACGUGAACAUCGUAGUGUUGAUAAAAAAAUAGUUUUAACUGAAAAUUAUUCAUGUUUGUGGAUUUAUUAAUCCAUAUCAUAAGAAAAUGAGUACUUACUUUUAUAAUAUCUUACAUUCUUGAUAUGGGUAUAGCCAAAUUUUGUAUUUCUGUUCAAUACCAAAUAGAAACUACUUUCCAAAGCAAUCUAGGCCAAAGAUCCUUUGUUGAGGAGAAUAACAAAAAUAUUGUACAAAAAAAUAAAAUAAGACUGAUUAUUUUCUCUAAUCUCCGUUAUUGAUUAUCUUUGUUUUGUAAUAUUAUUUAAAUUAUAGAAUAAGUACUUUUUUAAUAAAUAAGUCGUCGCUUAGCCACUGUCAUUAUGUUGUCCAACAACACUGGCUAUGCCUCAGGGCUAUGCACUAUGAAACUGACAGUCGUUGAAGUUGAUUGUUUUUUGUUUUGUUCUUAGUAAUAAGUUGACAGUAUCUACGGAUGCCUUAGUUACUUUUCUUAUAGCUAAGAAAUAGAUGUAAUUAAAAAUAUUCUCUUAUGCUUAGGUUUAAAUGUUGUACUAACGUUUUAAUAUUUAUGGAAGAAUACAUAACUUUUAUGUACUUGACA